UCCGUUUUUCCACUUUCCCUCUUCACUUGUUCACUAUUUAUUCAAAACUCAUUCGGUAAAACCGUAAUCCCUCUCCAACUUUCCUUCCCAUCUCCAAGAACACCGUCCUAUUGAGCACACCAUGAGGAGGCUCUUUGGACUAGCACCGACUGCUGUGGAAUCGCCUCAGUCAGCGUCUCCGUCGACUUCUCCAUUGCCACCGUUUACACCACCCUCUCUUAACACUGCGGCAGGACCCGCAAGGCCUAUCCGGUUCGUGUACUGCGACGAGAAAGGAAAAUUUCAGAUUGACCCGGAAGCCCUUGCGGUGCUUCAGCUCGUCAAGGAGCCCGUCGGCGUUGUCUCGGUCUGCGGACGUGCUCGGCAAGGCAAGAGCUACAUACUAAACCAGCUUCUUGGGAGAAGUAGUGGAUUUCAAGUGGCUUCAACACAUCGUCCAUGUACAAAAGGUCUUUGGCUCUGGAGUGCACCUAUAAAGAGAACUGCUCUUGAUGGAACAGAGUAUAACCUUUUGCUGAUAGAUACUGAAGGAAUUGAUGCUUAUGAUCAAACGGGAACAUAUAGCACUCAAAUAUUUUCAUUGGCAGUUCUCCUAUCAAGCAUGUUCAUCUACAAUCAGAUGGGUGGUAUCGAUGAAGCUGCUCUUGAUCGGCUCUCGCUUGUGACUGAAAUGACUAAACAUAUUCGAGUCAGAGCAUCUGGGGGAAGAAAUACAGCAUCCGAACUUGGACAAUUCUCACCUAUUUUUGUCUGGCUGCUUAGAGACUUUUAUUUGGACUUAACUGAGGAUAAUAGGAAAAUUACACCAAGGGAUUACUUGGAGCUUGCGUUGAGGCCAGUUCAAGGUGGUGGGAGAGAUGUAACUUCCAAAAAUGAGAUUAGAGAGUCAAUUCGUGCUCUUUUUCCUGACAGAGAGUGUUUUACUCUCGUGAGACCAUUGAGCAAUGAAACUGAGUUGCAAAGGCUGGAUCAAAUAUCUUUGGAUAAACUCCGGCCAGAAUUUAAAACAGGCCUUGAUGCUUUAACAAGAUUUGUCUUUGAGAGGACCAGGGCCAAACAAGUUGGUGCAACGGUAAUGACGGGACCCAUCUUUGCCCGCAUUACUCAGUCUUUUCUUGAUGCACUAAAUAAUGGUGCUGUCCCCACAAUUACGUCCUCAUGGCAGAGUGUUGAGGAAGCUGAAUGUCAAAGAGCCUAUGACUUGGCUGCUGAGGCAUACAUGUCUUCUUUUAAUCGGUCCACACCUCCUGAAGAGGCUGCACUGAGAGAAGCACAUGAAGAAGCGGUUCAAAAGUCGAUGUCUACAUUUAAUGCUACUGCUGUGGGAGCUGGAACAAUCAGGCAAAAGUAUGAUAAGAGGCUUCAGAGUUUUAUCAAAAGGGCAUUUGAGGAUAUUAAAAAGGAUGCCUUCAGGGAAGCUUUUUUGCAAUGUUCAAAUGCCAUACAGGACAUGGAAAGGGAACUCAGAAUGGCUUGUCAUGCUCCAGAUGCAAAAAUAGAUGGUGUACUUAAAGUUCUUGACCGCCUUGUAUCAAAGUAUGAAGCUUCCACUCACGGUCCUGAAAAAUGGCGAAAACUUAUUAUGUUCUUGCAACAGAGCUUGGAAGGCCCACUAUUAGAUCUCACCAACAAACAAAUAGACCAAAUUGGAUCAGAGAAGACAUCUUUGGCAUUGAAGUGCCGUUCCAUUGAGGACAGGAUGAGUUUGAUGAACAAACAGUUGGAAGCCAGUGAGAAGUACAAGUCUGAAUAUUUGAAGCGCUAUGAAGACGCCAUUAAUGACAAGAAGAAGCUUUCAGAUGAUUACAUGAGCCGUAUAUCCAACCUGCAGAGCAAAUGCAGUUCCUUGGAAGAGAGAUGUUCCAGCUUGUCAAAAACAGUGGAUGCAGCCAAGCAGGAGUCUUUAGAAUGGAAAAGGAAAUAUGAGACAGCUUUGUCAAAGCUUAGGGCUGAUGAAGAUCAGGUGAACUCAGAGAUUGCAAUUCUCAAGUCGAGAACCUCUGCUGCUGAAGCAAGAGUUGCUGCUGCUAAAGAGCAAUCUCAGUCUGCUCAAGAGGAGGCCGAGGAGUGGAAGAGAAAAUACGAGAUUGCUGUUAAGGAAGCGAAGAAUGCUCUCGAGAAGGCAGCGGUUGUCCAAGAACGUUCUAACAAGCAGACACAUAUUAGAGAAGAGGCUUUGAGGAAAGAUUUUUCCGUUACCCUGGCUGAGAAGGAAAAUGAAGUCAAAGAUAAAACAUCAAAACUUGAAAAGGCAGAGCAGCAUUUGGCAACUCUCAGUGUCCAGCUGAAGGCUGCUGAGUCCAAGAUAAAGAACUAUGACAUCGAAGUGUCAUCAUUGAAGCUUGAAAUAAGGACCUUGGGUGAGAGACUAGAGACCAUCAGCAGCACAUCACAGUCAUUUGAAAGAGAGGCUAGGAUCCUGGAACAAGAGAAACUUCAUCUGGAACAGAAAUACAGGACCGAAUUCGAACGGUUCGAGGAUGUCCAGGAACGGUGCAAGUUUGCCGAGAAAGAAGCCAAGAGAGCGACUGAGCUUGCUGACAAGGCAAGAUCUGAGGCCGCCACAGCCCAUAAGGAGCGCAGUGAGAUCCAGCGCAUAGCAAUGGAGAGGCUGGCCCAGAUCGAGCGUGCUGAGAGACACAUUGAGAACCUUGAGAGGACAAAAUCCGACCUGACCGAUGAGGUGGCUAGGCACCGAUCAGCUGAGGAGGAUGCCCUGGCAAAGGUGUCGGUUCUGGAGGCACGAGUUGAGGAGAGAGAGAAAGAGAUUGAGUCGCUGCUGAAAUCAAACAACGAACAGAGGGCCAGCACUGUCCAGGUUCUUGAGAGUCUGCUAGAGACGGAACGGGCGGCACGUGGUGAAGCAAACAGUAGGGCAGAGGCUCUGUCUUUACAGCUCCAAGCCACCCAAGGAAAGCUUGAUCUUCUUCAGCAACAGAUGACUGCUGUCCGUCUGAAUGAAUCGGCACUUGAUAGCAAGCUCAGAACUGGCGGGAAACGGGGGAGGGGUGGGAACGAGAAUGAAACAGGUGGUGGGGUGGAAUCAGUCCAGGAUACGAGGAGGGGUAGUAAGAGGGCCAAGAGCACUACUAGUCCCUUGAAGUUUGGUGGGUCCCCACCGGAUGAUGGUGCUUCGGCCUACAGGGGAUUAUCUGGUGAAGAGAACGAGAGCAGCCAGCAAACACCAACAGAGGACUAUACCAAAUUUACAGUUCAGAAACUUAAACAGGAGCUUACCAAAAAUAACUUUGGUGCAGAGCUGCUCCAGCUGAAGAACCCGACCAAGAAGGAUAUCCUUGCUCUCUAUGAGAGAUGCAUGCUCAUCAACAAGUCUUGAUUAGCCCUUCUCCUAACAAGUGCCAUUUUUUGGUGUGUUGUUUUGACAGAUGGGUCCAAGAUUGGUUGACACUAUGUAAUAUAAACUGCUGACAUUAAUAUCGGACAUAUAUAAUUUCCAGGAGACCAUGAAGUCUAAUCAUGUAAAUUUUCUGUGUUUCUGUUUUCAUGAUUGGUCAGUCUUUUUAGGAAAAUAUUUGUCCGGAAAACGAAGAAAUAUUACAUUAUUAUUUUUUUGGUGAUGGCGCAAAGUUGUAUUACUUGUAUCAGUGCCUUGAUUAAUUAUGCCUUAUAACAA